GACUCGGGACCCCGCGCUUCUCAGAGUCGGCCGCGCGCGGGACCACCGCGCCGCCGCGCCCCGUCGGGGAGGGCGCGCUCUCACGGUCGCGCGCGUCGUCGCGGAGGGCGCCCUCGGCAGGCAAAGCUGGUCGCGCGCACCGGACGCGUCCUGGGCAAAGUUUGCAGAGAUCCACAGGGGUCCCGGAGCUGCGCGCGCAAUCUCCAGGAGAAAGUUCUGCAGCGUCCACUGCGCUCCAAGUGACCUGAAGGGCGCGCUCCGCAGACCCGGCGCACGCAGCGUCCCAGUCGGGCGGACUGAAGAGUGCGCCCUGCCGACUUCGCGGCGCUUGAUAAUGGGGCGCUGGUCAGAGUCCACCUUCCUGCCCUCCCGCUGCCUCCGGUCUACACCGCGACUUCGGCCUCCGCACCGGCCCUGGGACCUGUUCCAAAGGCCCAACGGCUCCUCCUCAGCCAAAUCCUGACCCUGAUCGUCUAUGCGGGGGACUGGGUGCCCGCAUCUUCCUGAGUUACCGUCUCCCUAGGGCCAGCCGAGGGAGCCGCCGUGGUCUCCUGCCGCUCAGAACUUGCUUCCAUUCGCUGACGCGCCUUCCUCACGCGUGGGCGGCAGGAACUAACAGUUUUCUGCAGAGCACGUCCACACCUCUUAACAGAGCCUGCUGGCCGGGACGUAGCGCCAGAAUCAUUCAUGGACUAUUUAUUGAGCGCCCUCAUGUGUCAGCCACUGGGUACUUGGCCAUGAGUUAGUCUAAAACGGGAGAGAGUCUAAUAUGGUACUUUCACUCGUGCCACCUAACCCCCAGCCUUGCAUCCCCAGGUCCCCCAACACCCAUGCAUGCUCCCACUUUUGUCUUUAUUCAACCUGGGACCUCCAGCUGAGGCCUCCAAGGCCUUGCUCUCCAAGAUUCCUCGGGGGAGCAGCUUAUGCAUGCAGUUACACUGAAGUGUAAAUAGCUAAGGAGACCUGACAGUUUUAUUCAUACCAGAGAUGUUUGCUUUGAAAGAACUAUCAACGCCUUCAGUGAAAGGAACGAACCUUCUUCGUCGUGCAUCAUUAGGCAAGAACGCAUCUCGUCUUUUUGUUUGCUGUCCCCUGGGCCUGAGACUUCAAUAUCGUCCAUAAUAUCUUACCAGACGCAUGCGUGCUGAGCGAGUCGCCAAAAUAGCCCUUUGAGUAAGUGGCAGCUUUAAAAGCCAUCCAGAAGCUGACUUCAAACUAGAAGGUCAGCAAAGGAAAGUGGAAGUUGGAUUCUGAGCGGUCAAGGUGCCCACAGGAAUUUAAUCGGAGUCGGGACUUUGCAGACUUGGACAACUUUAAGGGGACUUCUUGGAUUUCUUGCCUGUGACCUGUCUCUGUCUCCUCUCUUUGGACGUCAAGAUGAAUGUGCAGGCUUGCUCCAGGUGUGGGUAUGGCGUGUACCCUGCUGAGAAGAUCAACUGUCUAGACCAGAUAUGGCACAAAGCAUGUUUUCACUGUGAAGUUUGCAAGAUGAUGCUAUCGGUUAAUAACUUUGUGAGUCACCAGAAAAAGCCAUACUGUCACGCCCAUAACCCCAAGAACAACAGCUUUACAAGUGUCUAUCACACUCCGUUAAAUCUAAAAGUGAGGCAGUCUCCAGAGGCCAUCGGUGGGGUUGAUGAUCAAGACCAUGGCGAGCGGUUUAAAUCGGUGUUUCACUGGGAUAUGAAGUCCAAGGACGGGGCAGCUGCCCCUAGCAGCCAACCAUUGGAUGAGAGAGCUUAUUGGCCUGGAUAUGGGAAAGGGAAUGCUUGGUGCCCAGGAUCUCUGCCUGACCCUGAAAUUGUAAGGAUGGUUGAGGCGCGAAAGUCACUGGGUGAGGAGUACACAGAAGACUAUGGGCAACAGAGGGGCAAGGGGAGCUUUCCAGCCAUGAUCACACCUGCUUACCAAAGGGCCAAGAUAGCCAACCAGCUGGCCAGCCAAGUGGAGUACAAGAGAGGGCAUGAUGAGCGCAUCUCCAGAUUCAGCACAGUGGCAGAUACCCCUGAGCUGCUCCGGGCCAAGGCAGGGGGACAGCUUCAAAGUGAUGUGAGAUACAUGGAGGACUAUGAACAGCAGAGGGGAAAAGGCAGUUUUCCUGCUAUGAUCACACCCGCUUAUCAGAUAGCCAAAAGAGCCAAUGAGCUGGCCAGUGAUGUGAGGUACCAUCAACAGUAUCAAAGAGAAAUGAAGGGAAUGGCUGGUCCACCUGCUGGAGCUGAGGGCAUGUUGAUGAAGGAUUAUGUGGACCAGUACGGCCAGGGUUACUCAGAAGAGUACGGCGAGCCCAGAGGAAAGGGCAGCUUCCCAGCCAUGAUCACCCCAGCUUAUCUGAACGCCAAGAAAGCCAAUGAACUCGCUAGUGAUAUAAAAUACAGGCAGGACUUCAAUAAAAUGAAGGGCGCUGCACACUAUCACUCCCUCCCAGCCCAGGACAACUUGGUUCUUAAGCGGGCUCAGAGCGUGAACAAGCUUGUGAGCGAGAAUAAAUAUAAAGAAAACUACCAGAACCACAUGAGAGGCCACUAUGAAGGAGUUGGGAUGGACAGACGGACUCUCCACGCUAUGAAAGUUGGAAGUCUGGCAAGCAACAUCGCCUACAAGGCCGAUUACAAGCAUGACAUUGUCGACUACAACUACCCGGCCACCCUUACUCCUUCCUAUCAAACCACGAUGAAGCUGGUGCCCUUGAAAGAUGUCAACUACAGGCAAAGCAUUGACAAGCUGAAGUACAGCUCUGUGACCAACACCCCUCAGAUUGUUCAAGCCAAAAUCAAUGCCCAGCAACUGAGUCAUGUGAAUUACCGCGCCGACUAUGAGAAGAAUAAGUUGAAUUACACAUUGCCCCAGGACGUACCUCAGCUGGUGAAGGCCAGAACCAAUGCUGAAUUGUUUAGUGAGGUUAAAUACAAAGAAGGCUGGGAGAAGACAAAGGGGAAAGGAUUUGAGAUGAAGCUGGAUGCCAUGUCUCUGCUGGCCGCAAAAGCCUCCGGAGAGCUUGCUAGCAAUAUUAAAUACAAAGAAGAAUACGAAAAAGCAAAAGGCAAAGUCCUGGGAACUACAGACACCAGGCUUCUGCACUCCCUGCAGGUGGCCAAGAUGAGCAGUGAGGUUGAAUACAAGAAAGGCUUUGAAAAGAGUAAGACCCACUUUCACCUGCCCAUGGACAUGGUCAACAUCAGGCAUGCGAAGAAGGCCCAAGCUCUGGCCAGUGACCUUGACUACAGGAAAAAACUGCAUGCAUACACCGUGCUGCCUGAAGAUAUGAAGACUCUUUGGGCCAAGAAAGCUUACGGGCUCCAGAGUGAGCUGCAGUACAAGGCCGACCUGGCCUGGAUGAAGGGAGUCGGGUGGCUGACCGAGGGCAGUCUCAAUCUGGAACAAGCCAAGAAGGCAGGACAGCUGGUCAGCGAGAAAAACUACAGGCAGAGGGUGGAUGAGCUGAAGUUCACCAGUGUAACCGACAGUUCGCAGAUGGAGCACGCCAAGAGAAGCCAGGAGCUGCAGAGUGGGGUGGCCUACAGGGCUGGGAACGAGCAGUCUGUCCAUCAGUACAGCAUCAGCAAAGAUGAGCCUCUUUUCCUGCAGGCCCGAGCCAAUGCUGCCAAUCUCAGCGAGAAACUGUAUAAGAGCAGCUGGGAAAGUCAGAAGGCAAAAGGGUUUGAGCUGCGCCUUGACUCCUUGGCCUUCCUGGCAGCCAAAGCCAAGAGGGACCUGGCCAGUGAGGUGAAGUACAAGGAGAACUAUGAGAGGUCCAGAGGGAAGCUCAUCGGGGCUCAGUGUGCCCAGGGGGAUUCGCACAUGAGCCACUCGCUGCAAAUGUCCAAGCUGCAGAGUGAACUGGAGUACAAGAAGGGAUUUGAGGAUACCAAGUCCCAGUGCCACGUCCCCCUGGACAUGAUCCACCUUGUGCACGCCCGCCAGGCUCAGCACUUAGCCACAGACAUAGGCUACAAGACAGCAUCCCAUCAGUUUACAGCUCUGCCCACAGACAUGAAGGUGGAAUGGGCCAAGAAGGCUUACGGUUUACAGAGUGAUAACCAAUACAGGGCAGAUAUGAAGUGGAUGAAAGGCACGGGCUGGGUCGCCACCGGGUCAUUAAAUGUGGAGCAGGCGAAGAAGGCAGGAGAACUCAUUAGCGAGAAGAAGUACCGUCAGCAUCCAGAUGCUUUGAAGUUUACCAGUAUUAAAGACACUCCGGAGAUGGUCCAGGCCAGAAUUAGUUAUACCCAAGCAGUGGAUAGGUUAUACAGGGAACAAGGAGAAAACAUAAAGCAUCAUUACACGCAGACUGCCGACCUCCCUGAAGUCCUGCUGGCCAAGCUGAAUGCCAUGAAUAUCAGCGAGACACGCUACAAAGAAUCCUGGAGCAAACUUCGCGACGGCGGCUAUAAAUUGAGAUUGGAUGCCAUCCCAUUCCAGGCAGCAAAGGCUUCCGCUGAAAUCGUCAGUGAUUAUAAAUACAAAGAGGCAUUUGAGAAAAUGAAAGGGCAGAUGCUCGGCUCCCGGAGCUUGGAAGACGAUAUCAGCCUUGCGCAUUCCGUGUACGCCAGCUCACUGCAGAGCCAAGUGAAUUACAGGAAAGACUUUGAACACUCAAAGGCGCAGUUCCAUCUGCCAUUGGACAUGGUCACCCUGGUGCAUGCCAAGAAGGCUCAGACCCUGGCCAGCGACCAGGACUACCGACGCCCGCUCCCCCAGUACACGUCCUUGGCGGAGGACCUGAGGCUGAGCUGUGCCAAGAAAGCUCACAAGUUGCAGAGUGAGAAUCUGUACCGGUCGGACCUGACCUUUAUGCGAGGAGUUGCCUGUGUCAUCCCAGGCACAUUAGAGAUUGAAGGGAGAAAGAGGGCGUCUGAACUCAUCAGUGAGAGUAAAUAUCGUCAGCAUCCCCAGGCUUUCAAGUACACAGCGGUGACAGACACGCCCAGCCUCACUCAUGCAAAACUCAGCAACCAGAUUACAAACGAGCGCCUCUAUAAAGCAGCAGGAGAAGACGCAAGACACCAGUACACAAUGACCCUGGACCUGCCUGAGUUUAUCCGCGCAAAAACCAACGCAGCCAACCUGAGUGACGCAAAAUACAAGGAGUCUUGGCGGAAUCUCCGUGCUCAAGGCUACAAGCUGACAAUAGACGCUCUCCCCUUCCAGGCGGCUCGGGUCUCUGGAGACAUAGCCAGUGAUUUUCUCUACAGACACGACUUUGUGAAGGAGCGAGGGAGGCUGAUCGGAGCCCAGAGUGUGAGCGACGACCCCCGGCUCCGGCACUGCCGGCGGGUGGGCCAGCUGCAGAGUGAGCUUCAGUACAGGAGGCAGGCGGUGGGCAGCCAAGCCCACUGCCACCUGCCGAUGGACAUGGUGCCCCUGGUCCACGCCAGGAAGGCCCAGGCCCUGGCCAGCGACCACGACUACAGGACACGGUGCCAUGCGUUCACGGCGCUACCCGAGGACCUGAAGAUGGCCUGGGCCAAGAAGGCUCACGCCCUGCAGAGCGAGUCACGCUACAAGUCAGACCUGAGGAGCAUGAAGGGGACAGGAUGGCUGGCGCUGAGUUCCCCACAGAUCGAGAGCGCAAAGAAAGCUGGAGAACUCAUCAGCGAGACCAAAUACCGUAGAAAACCAGACACCAUCAAGUUUACCGCGGUGGUUGACUCUCCGGACCUAGUUCAUGCCAAGAACAGCUACGUGCACUGCAAUGAGCGCCUGUACAGGUCCGGGGACGCAGAAUCCCUGCACCGAUACACCCUGGUCCCCGACCACCCCGAUUUCGCCAGAGCCCGCCUCAAUGCGCUGCAUCUGAGUGAUAAAGUCUACAGAAACUCUUGGGAGCAGACCCGGGCUGGCGGCUAUGACUUCAGGCUGGAUGCCAUCCCGUUCCAGACUGCCCGGGCAUCCAGGGAGAUUGCCAGCGACUUCCGGUACAAAGAGGCUUUCCUGCGGGAUCGAGGCCUGCAGGUUGGGUACCGAAGUGUCGACGAUGACCCCAGGAUGAAGCACUUCCUCAGCGUCGGCAAACUGCAGAGCGACAACGAGUACAAGAAGGACUUCGCCAAGAGUCGGUCCCAGUUCCACAGCGGCCCGGACCAGCCUGGCUUCCUCCAGGCCAAGAGGAGCCAGCAGCUGGCCAGCGAUGUGAGCUACCGGCAGCCUCUGCCCCAGCCCACUUGCGACCCAGAGCAGCUGGGCCUGAAGCACGCACGGAAGGCCCACCAGCUGCAGAGCGAUGUCAAGUACAAAUCAGAUUUGAACCUGACCCGAGGUAUUGGCUGGACACCUCCUGGCUCCUACAAAGUGGAGAUGGCUCGGCGGGCUGCAGAACUGGCCAACGCCAGGGGUCUCCGGGGGGCUUACGGGGGGCCGGAGGCUGUGGAGACUGGUGAUAAUCAGAGGGGGGACGUGAACCCAGAUGCCACCGAGAUUCUGCACGUCAAAAGGAGGAGGGCCUUGCCAUUGUGAGUGGGCAGCAUCCACCCAGGAUUCUUGGGAGUGAAGCUGGAGAGGAAAUUUGCACGCCAGAGGCAUGACUUCAGUUGGGGCAACUGUGAAAAGGGCUCAGCGGCCCUUCCCCCCCAGCCCCCUUUAUUAAAAUAACAUUUCGGAAAGCGGG